CGCGGCACCGCAGAAUCAAGGGCACGGUCGAUCGUCGGCACGGAUAAUCGCUCACCAUGUCGCAGCGAGAGAACAUGAUCGCCGCCGAGCAAACCUCCAACGACGCGUGCGUCGACGGGACCAUGAACGGCUGGUUCAGCGAGAUCUCCGACGAGAUGUGGCCCGGCCAGGCCAUGAGCCUCAAGAUGACGGAGGUGCUUUACAAGGGCAAAUCCGAUUUCCAGGACGUCAUGGUGUUCCAGUCGCAGUCCUACGGUAAGGUUCUCAUCCUCGACGGCGUCAUCCAGGCCACCGAGCGCGACGAGUUCUCCUAUCAGGAGAUGAUCGCGCACCUCCCCCUGUGCUCUAUCCACGACCCACCGAAGAAGGUCCUGGUCGUGGGCGGCGGCGACGGCGGCGUGCUCCGAGAGAUCAUCCGCCACCCGACGGUUGAGCACCUCGACAUCGCGGAGAUUGACGGCAUGGUCAUCGAAGUCUCGAAGAAGUUCUUCCCCGGGAUGUCGUGCGGGUUUGACGAUCCGCGCGUCCACGUCAACGUCUGCGACGGCAUCAAGUUCGUGGGCGACGCCCCCGAGGGAUCUUACGACGCAAUCAUCGUCGACUCGUCCGACCCGGUGGGUCCGGCGUCGGUGCUCUUCGAGAAGCCGUUCUUCGAGAAGAUUUACAGGGCGCUCAAGCCCGGGGGCGUGCUCACCACGCAGGGGGAGUGCAUCUGGCUGCACGCGGAGCUCAUCAAGGACGUGUUGGAGAUGUGCAAGGGCAUCUUCGUCGGCGGUUCGGUGCAGUACGGGUACUGCUCCAUACCGACGUACCCCAGCGGUCAGAUCGGGUUCGUCAUGUGCUCAAAGCCCACGGCCGAGGGGAAGACGGUGGACUUCUCGAAGCCCGUUCGGCCGCCACCCGUCGCUCCGGCCAACACCAAGCUCCCGCCGCUCAGGUACUACAACUCCGCGAUUCACGAGGCUGCGUCCGUGCUUCCGGAGUUUGCGAGAGCCGCGGUUGAGCCGUACGUGGUCAAGGGCACCGGCCCUUGACCAGAUACGGCGGAGACGUUUGGUGGUAUCGUUCGUUGAAGAAGGCAUUUAUAUUAUAUAGCCGAAGGCCUCUUAUUAACACAUGGUAUUAUCAGUAAC